AUGACCGAGAAAAUUUUUAGAAUUAACAGUGACGAAGUGGUAGAAGUAGCUCCAGAUUCUGCAGUGAUACCCGCCGAACCAUUGUCAGCGAUCUUGGAACCUGCUCCGUCGGCCUAUGUAGAGCAAGAGCCAGUCGCUGUGUUAUCUGCGGACUAUAUAAAACAUGCAAAUAUCCCAGUAGUACCCACAACAGUUGUAGUCGCUCCGCCUCCUCCGCCUCCUCCACCACCUGCACCAGUAGUGAUUAUGAAGAAGAUACAUCAUCUUCGUCCCCGCGCUGAAGUCCGCAAUGUAGCGCGACACUACGUCAAAGAAUCUGGACGCACAUCGGCGUCAGCAAUGGUCUUGACUUCACCUGAUGUAAUAGAAGAAGUGCCGUUAAUACUGCAAUAUGCGGCACCACCACCGCCACCACCAGCUUAUACGGCUGCUCCGCCAACCCAGGCAUAUGUAGCCCCUGUUCCGUCUUCUACGUAUGUAGCACGAACACCAAUGCAUGCUGCAGUAGCGGUCGUGGCUAAUGCCCCUGCUGUAAUUUGUGAGCCAGUUAUUAUGCCAGUCCAUCAUCACAUUGAUACCGAAGUCCACGAUGCUGCGCGUGCUUACGGCAGAGAAGCCCAUACAUCUGCAACUGCCAUGCUUUCUGGAGAUGAUCUCGAUUUUGAUGAUAUCUACCCAGUGCAUGACGAUUAUCUCGACGAUGUGCUAGAUUUUAAGAAGCCGUUUGAAACGCUAUUCAAAGAUCUACAUUUCCCAGCAUUUCGAAGAGCUCGAGUGGUUCUUUGUAAAACAACGCUGAAGACAACCGCUUGA